UUUUUCUUUUUCUUUUUUUUUUUCUGGCUUUUGUUCGAAAUUCAUAAGUAGGAGUAAGAACAGAAGAAAACCAUUGAUAUCUCAUCAUCUCAUGCAAGGAAGAAGAGCCAAUUCACACUGCACAUCACUGUUCCUUAUUUCUAGAUUUGGAAUUUUCCAUCAUCUUCUUUUGUAAAGGAAGAAAGUCUUUGAUCUCUCCUUCUUACUGCACAUCACUGCUUGUUUUUUUCUCUCUCUCUCUACAAUACCUCUCUAUCUCUUCCAUUUAAUUGUAUCACUAUGCAUUAAUACCUUUGUUUAUGUUCUUUUGAAUUUGUUUAUGGUAACGGACUAGUAGCUCACCGUUUUGUGGGCCGUUUCCUUGCUUUAAUUCCCUUUUGUAUCCAAACAUUAAAGAGAAUUCUCUUCUCUCUCUCUCUCUCUCUCUCUCUCUCUCUCUCUCUCUCUCUCUCUCUCUCUCUCUACUGCAUGUUUCAUGAUCUAAGGUAGGCUUAAGGUCUUAUGUGUUACUGAAGGGGUGUAGUUCUAUACCUUUUUCUUUACUUGAUGAAUUUAUAGGUUAAAGUAGGUGGAUUUGAUUGGAAUUUUUAAUAUCUAUUACUCUUUUUAAAUAUAAGUAGCUUUUGCUUAAGUUAUCAUAAUUCUGCUUUUCUCUUCACAUAUAUUCCUUCUAAAUUCAGCAAAGCUCUUCCCUUUCUCUCCCUCUCCCCCUUCCUCCAUCCUCUCCUCCUUUGUCUGAACCAGUCCUGGACUCUCCAAGAAUAUUUAUGAGGAAAAAUAGAGACUUUCGUCUAUAAGAUUCAUGAUCAUCAACCAGAAAUGAGUAGAAGCAACAUAGAAGAGCAUCAGAUCAUGAGCGGAUCAAAGCAGUGCCCAAGCUGUGGCCACAAACUCGAUAGAAAGCCAGAUUGGCUUGGGCUACCUGCUGGGGUGAAAUUUGAUCCUACUGAUCAAGAACUCAUAGAACACCUCGAAGCUAAGGUUUCCUGUCAAUCCAGUAUGAGAUCUCACCCUCUUAUAGAUGAAUUCAUACCCACAAUUGAAGGAGAAGAUGGAAUCUGUUACACUCAUCCUGAGAAACUACCAGGUGUGACAAGAGAUGGGUUGAGCAAGCACUUCUUCCACCGGCCAUCCAAGGCGUACACGACGGGGACGAGGAAGAGAAGGAAGAUACAGACGGAAGUCGACGUGCAACGAGGCGAGACUCGGUGGCAUAAGACGGGGAAGACGAGACCGGUUACAGCGAACGGGAAGCAGAAGGGAUGCAAGAAGAUACUGGUUCUAUACACAAAUUUUGGCAAGCACAGGAAGCCGGAGAAGACAAAUUGGGUGAUGCAUCAGUACCACUUAGGUGAACUUGAGGAGGAGAAAGAAGGGGAGCUUGUGGUUUCAAAAAUAUUCUAUCAGACACAACCAAGGCAGUGUAGUUGGUCAUCAGAGAGGAGUGGGGCAGGUGGAAAGGACAGUGGUAAUGGUAGCGGGAGUUGCUCAUCAACAAAGGAGGUGGUGAGCGAGAAGAGGGAAGAGCUCGGAUCUGUAGCUGCAGUUGCUGCUGCAGCUGCUGCUGUUGCAGGAAUGGCAGUGUACAGUACUGGUAUGGAGCAGUUGCAGCAGACUGAUAGUUUCAGCUUUGCCCCUUUCAGGAAGAGUUUUGAUGAGGUGGGAAUUGGAGAAGCAGCUGCAACUCAUUCAACAGAAGGAUCAAUGGGCCGUGAAGAGCGUGAAGAGCGUGAGCAUCAUCAUCAUCAACGACACCAAUCGGCGGCGGUGGUGGCCGCCGCUGCCUCCGCCUUCGACAUAAGCAGGCCUAGUAACCCCAUUUCAGCCAUACUACAUCAGAAUACCAUGGUUCUAGAUGAUCCCUACCAUGUCUCAAGGAUCCUUCUCCAAGAUAAGUUUGAGCAACAACAGCAGCAACGACAGCAACAACAACAGAAAUUGGCGGAAAGAUCAGCUGGUGCUGGUCUAGAAGAUUUGAUAAUGGGCUGCACUUCAACUGAUAUAAAAGCAGAAACAUCAAUUUCACAACCACAAGAGACAGAAUGGCUAAAGUACUCGUAUUGGUCACCUGACAGCCAUGAUCAUCAUGGGUAAUAACAAAGAAGAAGAAAACCAAGAAACAUCACAGUAAACAAGGAAAAUAUAUCAUUAUAAGUACUUGCUAGGAAACUUCUCAUAAAGAGGAAUCAAUUGGGGGAAAACUGGGAAAAGGGCCACCUCUUCUCUCUCUCUCUCUCUUUCUCUCUCAUGGUUUAUUGGACAAUGAGCUAAAGGCUUCGUCUGCCAAAACUAACUGUAUAAUAAUCCAGGUUGGUUGGAAACGAAGUUCAAAAAGUUGUUAGGAAAAAAAAGAGAAGGAAAGGAUUUCAUGAGAAAAACUCAAAAAAUAAGGAAAAGAAACAAAAGAGGGUAGAGAAAAUAAAAAGAAAGGUACUGGCUGGUGUUACUGGCAGGAGAAGUAGAAGGCCUACUCUCUUGGAGCCACUUUUCAUCAAAAUCAGCGUUCAUCAUAGUUAUAUAAUCCUGGUAUAUAUUGCUUAUUUGUGAUGAUUCUUGUUAUUUUCCUACAAAAAUAUUUGUUUUCAUUUUUCAUGUUUAAUGUUUUUCUUAACCUAUAUAUACAUGUUAUAUAUUAAACACAGAAGAAGAGAUAAAUCAGGAAGUUUUCUUCGAGAGAGAGCAAACAUUUCAAUUUUUUGUUGUAUUGUAUGUGGAGGGCCUUAAUCAGAGUUGAAAGAGAUGAUUUUGAUUUGGUCUUUCUAUUUCA